AUGGUGAAAGUACUAUGCACAGAAUUCGAAAAUAUGGCUUGUGCUUUGUUCCUAGCCUUUAAAGCUUUGAUGAAUAAAGAGACGCCUGUAUCAUGCGUUUUUGUCUCUAAAUCAACUAAUAAAGUGAUCAGUGUUGGUUAUAAUGGUACUAAUGAUUCAUUAAACGGAACAAGGCAUGCAGAAUUAAUAGCGAUAGACUAUAUUCUAGAAAAUUAUAUUCCUACGGAUUACCAGGGUGAUAUCGAAUAUAUCAAGCAGUAUUUUCUGGAUAUUGUGCUAUAUGUCACUGUAGAACCUUGCAUAAUGUGUGCAUCAGCUCUCAGACAAAUUGGUAUCAGUAAAGUGAUAUUUGGUUGCGGGAACGAUAGAUUUGGUGGAAAUGGGACUGUUCUCAGUAUCAAUAGGGAUCCUGCUCUUGAUGCUCCUUAUCAAAGUAUUGGUGGUAUAUUAAGAACUGAAGCCAUCAUGUUGUUGAGAAAUUUUUAUAUCCAAGAAAAUGAAUCUGCUCCUAUUCCCAAAAUAAAGAAGAAUAAAGAUCUCGAAGGGAAAGAGUAUCCUGAGAAUAUUAAAUUCAGAAAUUAUAUUACGAAAGAAGAAUUCAUUGAUACUUUUGGUCUCGAAAGAUUGAAGAUAUGGGAAAGUGAAGCAUUUGAGAUAACACCAAUUCCUAAUAAAGGAUACUCCGUGAAAGAUAUUACUUCUAGGGAGAAGCUUCGUAAAUCAUUAGGUGAGUUUAUUGAGGAUUUCGAGGAUUUCAACAGUUUUCUACAAUUGUUUUACGACGUAAGUGAUAAUGGACAAGUAUCUUACGAUAAAAAAGUAAUCACCGUUGAAGAUUAUGGUACGAAGAAGCGCAAAAGAGUCUAA